GGAAUGUCAAACCGUUCUUGUGCAACAAACCAACAACGCUGGUUCAAAUGUCACAGAGGGACGACUCUGAACGUGACAUUUGGGAGUAUAAGCCUCUGGAGAAGAAAAGAAAAAACAAGGAAUCGCAGUCUGUGACCAAAAAAAGGUGUACUUCCAGAAAAACGUCCAAGAAAGACACUUCUCUCCCAGUCAAGUCAAAGGAGAAGAGUGAAACAGCCAAACCAGCUGAAAGUGGCAAGUUAGAGGCUGACACUGACAGUGCGUCCUUUAGCUCGUCUCCUGCUAAAGAGACAAUCCAUAAUGACAACAAUGCAGCUGAGAGAUCAUCAUCUGAAGACUACUGUCCCAUAUGUCAGAUGCCAUUCUUCAUUUUGGUUGUACAGUCCCAGAGAUGGCACGUUGCUGAAUGUCUGGACACCCCCAGGGACAACUGUAAAGAAUGUCCAGAUGGUCUUCAGUGUUCCUCCACAAUCCCAAACCAUUACAAGAAGUUCAGCCACACACUCCUGGCCCACAGUCGGGCAAACAGCAGCACAGCUGUCCUCAGUUUAACUCAACAAGCAGGAACAAGCAGGGAAGAACGCUUCAGUUUUUUACCGGGACUGAUAGACGCUGGUGAGGACAGUUGUGUUUUAGAAGCUUCUCAGGGCGGAGCUCUCAGUCUUUCUUCUUUGUCCAGUCAAAGCGUGUCUCCUGAAGUUAAUGGCACUGGAAUAUCUUCGUUAAAACAUACUAAUGGCCUUCUGUUGCUGCGCUCUCCUGGCCCUGACGAUUUGAGGAAAAAGAAAGGCUGGUUAGGGUCUAACAAAGGCCAGAAGUCACCUGCAUCCUCACAAGGUCAAACUGAGAUUUCAUUCACUCCUGUCAAGGAAAUAACUGGAAGUCCAACUUGUGAAAUUCUACCUAAAGAUGAAACUUUUCUCGAAAGUGAUGACAGAAUAUCCUACUCGCCACUGUCUGAGCUCCCUGCAGAGACUGAAGCCAAUAACGAGUGUAGAAAAGCUCUUUUUAACAAUGACAAGUCUGAUGCCGACGACUCUGUGAUGCUGUUUAAUGACAGCUUCUCGAGUGAAGAUGAGCUCCUCGCUGAUUUUGUAGAUAAUUUGGAAGAUGAUGAAAUGGCAUUCAAGGAUCCGUCACUUCCCAGUGCUCAGGUGGCUUCAGCUUCUUCAUUAGCACCUGCUAAUCAAGUCACCACAGUUGCUUCAAGCAGAGCUGAACCAGGAGCUUGGUGUGGAUCUACUUUUCAGUCACAGUCGAGUCUUGUUUUAGAACAUCUCCGAGAAACUCUUAGUUCAAAAGGUCAUUGCAGCCAAAACUUAAACACGAUUAAAUCAGAGAAACUUUGUACAGCAUCUCAAGUGCCUUCAUCGACAACGUCCCCUGUGAAAAGAUCUCCAAAAAUGUUGCCUCAUAAAGGCCACAGCAAAGCGAGCCAGGCCUCUGGCUUGAAGCAGACAGACAUUGGAGUAUUUUUUGGCCUCAAACCACUCAAAGAGGAGAAGAAUGAGAUGGAAAGUGGACCAAAUGAGUUAAACACGUCCUCUGUUCCAACAUCUGGUAGGAACUCGGGACAGAAAAGACAAAGGAGAGAUGAGCAGAUAAAAAACACCACCGUAGCUUUGUCCCAGUCCACCGAAACUGGAAAUGACUUGAGUUUAAAGAGGCCACAAGGAGAUGAGGGAAGAGGAGGGAAGAGGGGAUGGAGAGGAAGGUGGACCAGACCUGAUGGAGAAGUUCAGUUACCUCGUUGUCCGUUUUAUAAAAAAAUUCCAGGUACAAAGUUUGUUAUAGAUGCAUUUCAUUAUGGAGAGAUUGAGGGCAUCACUGCAUACUUCCUAACCCAUUUCCACUCGGACCAUUACGGAGGGUUGACCAAGAGCUCCACAUUUCCAAUCUACUGUAACAAGAUCACAGGAAACUUGGUGAGGAGCAAACUGAGGGUGGCAGAGCAGUAUGUCCACAUCCUCCCCAUGAACACUGAGGUCACUGUGGAAGGAGUCCGGGUCAUCCUGCUAGACGCCAACCAUUGUCCAGGAGCUGCCAUGCUGCUGUUCUUUCUGCCCAAUGGCCAGACAGUCCUCCACACCGGGGACUUCAGAGCCGACCCGUCCAUGGAGGCCUACUCUGAGCUCCUCAGCUGCAGAGUGCAGACGCUCUACUUGGACACCACCUACUGCAGCCCCGAGUACACCUUCCCCACGCAGCAAGAGGUCAUCAGUUUUGCAGCCAAUACAGCCUUUGAGUUGGUGACUCUUAACCCCCGUACGCUCGUGGUGUGUGGAUCGUACUCUGUGGGGAAAGAGAAGGUCUUUCUGGCUCUGGCGGAGGCCUUGGGGUCUAAGGUUUGUCUCUCCAGGGACAAAUAUAAAACCAUGUGCUGCUUGGAGUCGGAGCAAAUCAGGAAACAGAUAACCACUGACUGGAAGGCAGCGCAGGUUCAUGUGCUGCCCAUGAUGCAACUCUGCUCCAAAAAGCUGCAGGAUCACCUGGCACGCUUUUCCUCACAAUACGACCAACUGGUAGCCUUCAAACCCACAGGCUGGACCUUCAGCAACCAGGUGGAGUCAGUGGGGGUCAUUCAACCACAGAUCAGCGGCAACAUCUCUAUUUAUGGAAUCCCGUACAGUGAGCACAGCAGCUUCUUGGAACUGAAGCGAUUCGUUCAGUGGCUCCGGCCCCUCAAGAUCAUUCCUACAGUUAACGUUGGCAGCUGGUCGAGCAGGAAGGCCAUGGAGAAAUGUUUCGGCGAGUGGAUGACAGAAAGCAAAGCCAAACUGUAAAGAUGCUCUCAUAAAUUCAUCUGCAGCCUGCAGGUUAAAAUAAUACCUGCACAUGCCUUUUUAAU